UAAUAACUUCUGACUCCCAUUUCUGAUAUCCCCACCUCCCACUGUCAAACACAAACAACCGCGUCUCUCCCUUUCUCUCUCUCUCUCUAUCCAUUCUCCAUAAAUUACCAUCUUCUUCGCACUCUCUUUCACUCAUAUUCUCCAUUCCCCCAGAUCUUCACUCUCACUCACUCACACUUCUCCAUCAAUGUCGUCCACCGGAUCCGGAUCCGCCCCCAACGGCGAAGCCACUCCGCCGUCGCAACGCAAGGUGGCUCUGAUAACCGGAAUCACGGGUCAGGACGGUUCCUACCUGACGGAAUUCUUGAUGGAGAAGGGUUACGAGGUGCACGGCCUCAUCCGCCGUUCCUCCAACUUCAACACGCAGCGGAUCGAGCACAUAUACGUGGACCCACACAACGCCCACAAAGCACGCAUGAAGCUCCACUACGCCGACCUCUCCGACGCCUCCUCCCUCCGCCGAUGGCUCGACACCAUCCUCCCCGACGAGGUCUACAACCUCGCCGCCCAGUCCCACGUCGCAGUCUCCUUCGAGAUCCCCGACUACACCGCCGACGUCGUCGCCACCGGGGCCCUCCGCCUUCUGGAGGCCGUGCGCUCCCACAUCUCCGCCACCGGGCGCUCGCACAUCCGGUAUUACCAGGCGGGAUCCUCGGAGAUGUUCGGGUCUACACCACCCCCUCAGGACGAGACCACACCGUUUCACCCGAGAUCCCCUUACGCUGCAUCCAAGUGCGCGGCGCACUGGUACACCGUCAAUUACCGCGAGGCCUACGGGAUCUUCGCCUGCAACGGCAUCCUCUUUAACCACGAGUCUCCUCGCAGAGGUGAGAAUUUUGUGACGCGCAAGAUCACGCGGGCCGUGGGCCGGAUCAAGAUCGGGCUUCAGAGAAAGCUCUUCUUGGGGAAUCUUCAGGCUUCUAGGGAUUGGGGUUUCGCCGGGGAUUACGUGGAGGCUAUGUGGCUGAUGCUGCAGCAGGAGAAGCCCGACGACUAUGUGGUGGCCACGGAGGAGUCUCACACCGUCGAAGAGUUCCUGGAGGUGGCGUUCGGUCAUGUGGGCCUGAAUUGGAGGGACCAUGUUGCUAUUGACAAGAGGUAUUUUAGGCCCACUGAGGUGGAUAACCUCAAGGGUGAUGCUACAAAGGCCAAGAAGGUGCUUGGGUGGAAGCCCAGGGUGGGCUUUGAGCAGCUCGUCAAGAUGAUGGUCGAUCAGGAUGUUGAGUUGGCUAAGAAGGAGAAGGUUCUUGUUGAUGCUGGCUACAUUGAUGCUCAGCAACAACCUUGAUCUGCUACACUCCCUACUCCCUUUCUUCCAAUUUUUUUUCUUUUUUGGUUUUGUUUUCAGUUUAGAUCAAUAUUGCCACAAAUUUAAUUUAAUUUAAGGAACUUUUUUUUUUCUCUGUUUUAGUCAUAUAAUUCUGUUCUUGUUAAAUGAUUCAAUUUCAUCAUCAUAGCUUAAGAGAGUUUAUAAAUCUAUGAGUACGUUUUGGUUUUGGGGUUGUCUUACUGUUGUAAGAAGUGCAUUGCUUGAUAUAAUAUCGCUGUAACGUGUAACCCCCUCGAAUUCAAUUCAUUCUAUCCAAUGCUCCUUUUCUCAUA